AGGAAGGAAGGGGGAGGAGGGGAGCCAAGGGGCGGCGCAUGGAAAGAAGGGGAGAAGGAAUGGGGCCCCGGCAGCGGUGGAGGAGACUGAAAGAUCGGCUACGGUUAAAGGGCGUCGCCUGGUGCGGCAGCCCCUGGGCCCGCUCCCGCGCCGCCGACAUCCAUCACCGCUCCCCCUUCGACGCCUCCACCACCGCGUCCCAAGAAGACGCCGCGGCCGGGGCGGGGCCGAGGUACCGGCGGGAGGCGGCGGCGGCGGCGCGGAACCGGAGGGAGAGCGAUCAAGAUUUCGGAUGCAUCCUGGACCAGGCGCCGGCGGGGGACGCGGUGGCGGCGAUUGAGGAGGAGGAGGAGGAGAUGAACCUGGCGAUGGCGCUGGCGGCGGAGAGGGACGGGACGAUAACGCCGUUCACGGAGCGGUUGUCGCUGAUGAGGCUGAUGAACGAAGGUGGGGAGGAGAGGAGCAAGGAGGAGGGAGGGGAGGGGAUGGCGGAAGGCGGGGAGUGGUGGGGAUGCUGCGUGUGUAUGGGGAGGCGGAAGGGGGCGGCGUUCAUCCCGUGCGGGCACACCUUCUGCCGGGUCUGCGCGCGGGAACUCUGGAUCAGCCGGGGCUCCUGCCCGCUCUGCAACCAGUUGAUCCUCGAGACGCUCGACAUCUACUGAUCGAUCCCUCAUUGCUUCAUUUAAUCUUUGGCUCUUCGCUUCGUGAUUCCCUCCUCCCGCUGCCACCUGCUUCCGCCUCCUGUCCCGCAUUCGAUUCGGAGCUAUUUCCGAUUCAUCGAGCGGUGCGAGGUGUCCUCCCUUGUUUUCUUGUUCAGUACUUCUCUUUUCUGUGCCCUUCGGAAACUCUGCUAUUUUGAUGGAUGUUUGUAAUUCCAAGUUUAUAAGAAGGAUCUGUUCAUGCUAAUUCGACCGGAAUUGGAUCUGCUUGUUUAACUAUUGGUACAACAUUAGUAAUAUGGAUGUACGUUAUAUGUCCUUGCCUUUUUAAA